AUGGCAGCGCCAUUUGCUCGACGGUGCUUCGCGAAGCUCUUCCAGAGAAAGACACGAGGCGCCAGACAGGCGACUGGCUUGACAGCAGAAAAGGUCGCAACCAGGCCCGUCGAAGCUUCGGUGGGCAUCAGACGAUCUGUUUCAACGAUCGACCUACGCGACUUCUUGACGUCUAGAGAGGUUCGUCCAUCUCAACUGCGCCGUGUCUCGCGUCCGGAACGUUCAGCUCCUCUUCCGGAGCAUAGAGUUGCCACCAAAAAUCGCUUCCAGCUGGAUCAAGCGGUCCCGAGGGAGCUGCAGCAAAGUCAGACUUCCACUGACCUUCAACACGUCUCGCGGUCCGAUGAAGCUGGUUGUCUGCCAUUCUGCGAAGACGUAGCGCAGCGCAAUCUCAACUCACAAAGAUUCAAGCCUCUGGAAUUGAAAAGCCAAGCCGUUCAACCAGGACCGAGGACGUCUUCACUCAACCAAGGCUCGCCUUCGCCGUCGAAGCAUGUGGUGUCCAGGCAUGCGGCAGACCAGUCCGCUAUCAUGAGUGACCAGCGAGAAGCAAUCUAUAGUGGCCUUCACCAUCUCGGUUCCUUGCACUCUCCGGCAAAGCCUGCUCGCAUUCAGCCACAGACAUCGCCCUACGAGCCUAUAGGGGAGGUGUUCCUGCCUCCCUUACGACAAGAUGGAAGGCGGCGCAGUCUGUCUCAUAAGGCAAACAUAGCCGACCUUCGUGUCGCCUCCGGGGCUCCUCCGCCGGGUGACGUGUGGCCAUCGUUAAGACUACCACGUCCAGUCUCCGAGCCGUUCAGCUUCUGCCCUCAUAGCGGCGUGAGGCUUGACAAACCGCUCCGUCCUACGCCAGUGGAGCACAUCAGGCAGGAUUCCGUAUUGAGCGCGCCUCCAGCGGGCCGGCAGGAAAAUCACCUUCCAAAUGACAGCCUGGAGUAUUCCGUUUACGCAGAAGCACGCCGAUGGUCUGCUCCACAGUUCACAGAGAGCACCACCUGGUCCGAACAAUGGCGUCCAGCCGUCACGCACGAGACCAUCCGCCAGGACGUCCACGAGAUCCGCGAAGAGCGUAUCCAGAAGGAGAUCCACCAGUACCAUAUCCAUCGCAAGAUCCAGCCGAUCAUCGAUUAUGAAAUCUUGCCCGCCCGGCACAUUGUCCAUCUGGAGGGUGGCGGGUAUGCUGAGGUUGCGCAAGGGGAUCUUCCUGCCGGGACGCCGGAUGCAGAGUGGUUUACCAAGGAGGUCAGGUCGCAGCUGGAGUCCGGCCUGCGAAUGAGUUCGAACAGUGAGCUGGUGUCCAUGUCGCGAGAUACUUCUUGCGAUGAGACUUCUGCUUCUGAGCAAGCUGCUCCAUUCAGACGGGAGUCGUGGGCGCGUAGCACCACCAUGAAGCCUGCGGUGUGGUCUGAUAGCUCCGGAUAUCGGUAUGCGUUCAAGUUCGAUGGGUAUGACGAGGCUUCAGGGCCUGGAAAUGUGCUCUUUCAUGGGGAUCAGCCUUCGCCGCUCUGA